AUGGGAAAACAACGUAAAACUCGAAAAAUAGUAGAAAAAAGAUUUGCACAAAUGAAAAAGCUGAUUAGUCCAAGUGACAAUAGAAUAAAAGCCAAAGACAGAGAAGACCCUAAAAAAAAGAAGAAAGUUGAUCCCCACGAGGUUAAAAUUAGAGAAGUUCCACAAGCAAGUUCCGCCUUAUUCUUCCAAUAUAAUACUCAACUAGGACCUCCAUAUCAUAUUUUGAUAGAUACAAAUUUUAUCAAUUUCUCAAUAAAAAAUAAAUUAGAUAUUGUCCAAAACAUGAUGGACUGUUUGUAUGCCAAGUGCAUACCAUACGUAACAGACUGUGUAUUAGGUGAGUUAGAAAAAUUAGGUAGAAAAUAUAGAGUUGCAUUGAGAAUAAUCAAGGAUCCAAGGAUUGAACGACUUGCUUGCUUACAUAAAGGAACAUAUGCCGAUGAUUGUAUAGUACAAAGAGUAACCCAACAUAAAUGUUACAUAGUUGCUACUAAUGACAAAGAUUUAAAACGUAGGAUAAGAAAAAUACCCGGUGUGCCAAUUAUGUAUGUAGCUCAACAUAAGUACACUAUAGAGAGGAUGCCAGAUGCAUAUGGAGCACCUAAAGGAGCUAUA